UCCCUGAAAUAGACAAAUCUCCCACCCGCUCCGCCGCUGCACGGCUCCACCCAUAGCCGGGAGGAGUGGGAGAUACUUUCGUCAAGGAUAGCACACAGGAUUCGCGCCGCCCCUGAGCCGCCCGUGGGAAAAGGAGGCGACGAAUCUACCCACCCCGCAUUCGGGCUCGGGCGCCACCCCGUGCCAUUGCCGCUGCGUCCGCGAGCCGCCGCCCGUUCGCGGGGCCAGAGGGAGGGAGGGAGCAAUGGGCGCGGGGAUGGAGGCGGACGAAGGGGUGAUGGCGACGGACUUCUUCUGGUCGUACACGGACGAGCCGCACGCGUCGCGCCGCCGGGAGAUCCUGGCCAAGUACCCGCAGAUCAAGGAGCUCUUCGGCCCGGAUCCGUGGGCCUUCCUCAAGAUUGCUGUGGUUGUUUCGCUUCAGCUGUGGACUGCUACAUUCCUCCGAGAUGCCAGCUGGUUGAAGCUCCUGAUAGUCGCCUACUUCUUCGGCUCCUUCCUGAACCACAACUUGUUCCUUGCUAUCCAUGAGCUGAGCCACAACCUCGCCUUCACAACCCCAUCCCUGAAUCGCUGGCUAGGUAUCUUUGCAAACCUCCCCAUCAGUGUCCCCAUGUCCAUAACAUUCCAAAAGUACCACCUGGAGCACCACCGGUUCCAAGGCGUGGACGGCAUCGACAUGGACAUUCCCAGCCAGGCAGAGGCGCACGCCGUGAAGAACGCCAUCAGCAAGUCCGUGUGGGUGGUGCUCCAGCUCUUCUUCUACGCGCUGAGGCCGCUCUUCCUGAAGCCGAAGCCCCCGGGCCUGUGGGAGUUCACCAACCUCGCCAUCCAGGUCGCGCUGGACGCCGGCCUGGUCUACCUCCACGGCUGGAGGUCGCUGGCCUACCUGAUCCUCUCGACGUUCGUCGGCGGCGGGAUGCACCCCAUGGCGGGCCACUUCAUCUCGGAACACUACGUGUUCAGCCCCGACCAGGAGACCUACUCGUACUACGGCCCCCUGAACCUGAUGACCUGGCACGUGGGGUACCACAACGAGCACCACGACUUCCCGAGGAUCCCCGGCGCCAGGCUGCACAAGGUGAAGGAGAUUGCGCCGGAGUACUACGAGAGCCUGAGGUCGUACAGGUCAUGGAGCCAGGUGAUCUACAUGUACAUCAUGGACCGGACGGUGGGGCCGUUCAGCCGGAUGAAAAGGAAGGCGCCGAAGAAAGAGUCGUAGUUGAUGGACCUCCUGCCUUCGGGUGGAUAUUUUUGUCGUGUAUGAACUCUAGCAGAGAUGUUUCUUUUGGUGUAAACCCGACGAUCCGUUGGAACUGUGUGCUAUCACAAGUUUUGCGAGUAAUUUUUACACGUUCCAGAGGUAUA